GCGAUUGAGAUCGAUCAUAAAACCGAUGGGGUACCAAAUGGAGGAAACAGCGACAGAGAAAAGCUGGUUCAGUACGACUUAUGAAGAACUGGAAACAAUUCUAUUUUCAGUAUGUCGUUCACAAGACGAACUUGCUGUUCAGUUGGCUUCGUGUAUGGAAAGAUUGGUAGAGUUGGAGAAGACAGAACAGAGCAUAGUUGUGGGAGAAGGCUUAGAAAAGCUUACCGACGCUAGACAACUGGUGAAUAAAACAAAAGAGAAACUCGACAAUAUUGUUAGUAGACUGGAAAGGCUACGUCUUUUCACCAACGCUCAAUUGGUUUCAAAGAGAGGAUAACUAUAUUCACUUGAGUAUAUCAGCUUUUUCUAUAUGAAGAGCCGAAUAUCUAGAAAGCCCAAAACAACAUCGUUUCAUUUCCAUGGAAGACUUGGGCAGCCAUCGCAAAGUAAAGGUUGUAGAGCAUAUAUAGAUAUAGAUAUAUAUAUAUAUUUGUAAAAGUGUCAUAUACAA